GUCAGCAGCUUACAGGCGCCAUCUUCUCAGCGUUAUUCGGGUGUAGCUUCUGGUAGGAAGUGAGGAAGGUGAUAUCGAGCUCUACAACAAUCCACCCUACAAAGGCGUUUAAACCCAUUAUCUCCCGUAAGGCAAGGGAAUCUUAUCGUAUGUCCGCAAUCCAGAACCUCCAAACCUUCGACCCCUUUGCUGAUGCAACUAAGGGUGAUGACCUGCUCCCGGCUGGGACUGAGGACUACAUCCAUAUAAGAAUUCAACAGCGGAACGGAAGAAAAACUCUGACGACCGUCCAGGGAAUUGCAGAGGAAUAUGAUAAAAAGAAGCUGGUAAAGGCCUUCAAGAAGAAAUUUGCCUGCAACGGAACUGUGAUUGAGCACCCGGAGUAUGGUGAAGUGAUCCAGCUGCAGGGUGACCAGCGCAAGAAUAUAUGCCAGUUCCUUACUGAGAUUGGUUUGGCUAAGGAAGAGCAGCUGAAGGUUCACGGAUUCUAAACGAUGACAUUACAGUGCUGACGACGAGCAGUUUCUGCUGAUCUCCUGUGCAUAUUAAGAUAAUGAAGGCUUGUUAUUUAAGACUCUUAACCCCGUCUCCAGUUUGGAAAAGGGGCCUGCAUAAUGCACUCAAGGACACAAGUAGAUAACUGCCUAUGAGAGUACCAUUCUGGGAUGAAACACUGGCAUUUCUGUUCAAUUUUAAAUGCUUUGUCUGAUAUUUAGAUUGUGCUUUUUGGAGCACUAAUUUUUUUUGUAUGUUUCAAAAUAAAAACGUGUCAUGCUA